AAGUCCGAUAUGAGAAUCCAAUCCAGUUUCCAAUCCAAUCCGUUUGGUCUAUUUUCAAUUUUAGCGGUGACGGACGCAGACGACAGUUUGUGCUCCUGUUUUCUGUCAUGUUUCGCGCUUGUUUUUAAGCUUGAAGUCGUGUUGCCAUUAUUAACAAGAAUGAAGUCGUCUUGGGUGACCCCUGAAGGUGGAAUGCUAAACGUAUUCUCUCGCACAUCUGCCGCUAAAACUGCCAAACGCCCCUACAAAGGUGCCUCAACUUCGAAACAAACUGCUUGUAAUUGGGCGCAGAACUUUACGCCUAAAAAGAAGGUUCAACUUGCAGUCAACAAGAAAAAAGUUGAGGAAGUUGAGCAACGCUUGCAGGAAAGCCUAGAUUGUCGACAGAACGGUGUUCCCAUCCUGCUGCUUUGUGGACCAUCGGGUUCUGGCAAAACAGCAACGGUACAAUGCCUCGCUUCAGACAUGGGCUUGGGAAUUCAAGAGUGGACAAAUCCUGUCUCCCUAACCACAUUCAGGAAUCCCGAACUAGAGUUAGAAGGCUACUGGAGGCGACCUGAAUUCUUCGAGGAUAAUCAGAUGGAUCGUUUUGAGAAUUUCCUUUUCCGAGCGGACAGAUACAAAUCCUUGCUGCUGCCGUCGGCGAAACAGAUUAUCCUAGUUGAAGAAUUUCCCAACAUAUACUUACGAGACCUAGCCGCGUUUCAUCGUCUUCUACGAUCUUACAGCUCAAACGGUCACACCACACUCAUAUUUAUAAUAAGCGAAUCGUCGGCAAACAUUGAACAGAAACUGUUCCCUCGAGACCUCGUUGCGGAGCUGGGGAUUAAGAAGAUUGUGUUCAACGCAGUAGCUCCAACUCUGCUGACAAAAGGCCUCAAAAGGGUAGCGGAAGAGGCGCAGACGACACUCAGGGUUGCAGCACCUUCUCCAGGCGACGUAGAGCAGAUCGUAGCGUCGUGUAGGGGAGACAUCCGCAGCGCAGUGAACGCCUUGGAGUUCCUAUGCGCCAAGCCCGCAGCAGCUAAGGGUUUCACACAAAUGAAGCCGCCACAGAAAAGGACACGGAAAGGAACGAGCAAAGUAGCCAAGCAAGCCAAGGCUGAAUCGUUAGCGCUGAACCGCACCGCUGAUUUUGGCGGAAGAGAUACGGCUCUUCAGCUCUUUCAUUCGCUGGGGAAAGUGUUGUACUGCAAACGUGAACCAGCCGAGAACAUGGCCCAACAUGACACGUUACCAGACCACUUGAAGCACAUGGAAAGGCCUCCGCCACUAGAAGUUCCAGAAGAGGUGUUCGAGCGAACCGCAGUCUCGGAAGAUUUGUUCCUGCAGUUCCUGCACCACAACGCCGCCCACUUUUACGCCGACAUCGACACCGCGUCGGACUGCUCGGAUUGGUUCAGCGAGUCGGACUACCUGCAGUCCGAAUGGAGUAGCGAAAACCAGAUGGCGAGCUUUGCCUUGUCCGUAGCAACGAGGGGGCUCAUGUUUGACCUUCGGCGACCGGAAGCAAGCCGAGGUUGGCGGCCUUUGGAGAAGCCUCAGUGGAACCUUACCUCACGAAAUGUAAAGCAGAAAAUACACGAUCUGAAGAACACCUUUAUGGGCUGGUGCAGUACAGGCAUUGACCUUCAGCUAGACUUUGUGCCAUACUUGAGCCUUCUCCAACCUAAAGGGCUGGACUUAUGCAUGCAGCGGGUAGCUAGUGAAAUAGGGAGGUUUCGAGCCGUGUUCCGGAGACCCAACGAAGUUCUCGGAGAGAGAGACUACGUAUCUACGCUGGAAGAUGAGAACGUCGGUGACGAGGACUGUUCAACAAACCAGGACACAUCAACUCGCAGUAACUUGCAAACCGUUCCGGCACCCUCAGACGACGAAGUCGAGAUUGAAGACUUCGACGAUUGAGCAGUCAACAUUUUUUUUCGCUGUCUCGAAGCCACAAUCAGCAGAACUCUCCCUCACCGUUGUACCGCCAUCCAGGUGCGCGUGUGGAGAUCAGAGGACAUUUGUCACCGAAGCCAGAAGACAAAACUUACCAGGCAGAAGAAGCAGAGUGAGAAGAUGACCCCAAAUCCAUGUGUCCUAAUCUGCAUGCUUAGUCCAACGACCCUCGCAACAAAGAACUAUUUUGCACCAUGCGCACAUUGCGAAUCAUCGGGACUCGCAUGUUCCGGCGCAACCAACACACCGAUCACAAACACGCGCGAUACUGACGACCGAACAUUUCUGUUCGAACUCCUCCGCUCUUCAGCAUGUGGAAGGUUCGCUUCUUCUUCGCGAGAUGUCGCGGCGCCCGCACUGACCAGUUCGUUAUGAUUGGACGAGUCGGAGCCAAUCACGUGGCGAGGUUUCUGUGAAAGCAGAAACUGCGUGUGCGUUGCUUUGUGGUCGUCUGCUACGCCGCUGCGUGAUUGAUGAUGCCGGGGUUUUAUUUUGAGCGCUUUGCAAAAAGCGGACCUUCAGUCAUGCAACUUGUGUACGUAGAAGGGCAGAGAUUGAUAUCUGGUUUCAAAGGCGGAUCAGGUUUUUCAUUAUGCUAUGGAAUAUGUUACGUCAAUGUUUCAAAGCGCCGAGGUUGCGAAGUUGUGCAGAAGCAGUGGUGUUUUGCAUCUGGAGCAUUCGGGCUUUAUCGAUAAAUUUGUGUCUUUCGACUUUGCUGCUUUUGGAGAUAAAGAAAGGGGAAGCUGAUUACUCCUGCGUAUUUUUCGAGAAGUAUUAAAAGAAAGCCAGUAUCCACAGCAGUCGCCGUCAAAUGCACAGCAAAAUGCAUAUUUGUUCCUGAUAAAACUACAAAGACAACUGAAAUGCUCCUGAAAGGUGCGACAGCUGUGCAGUAUACCCACGCUUUAACAUAUAUUCUUACGUACGUGCGCGAACAUUUACAAAAUAAGAUGAAAUAAAGAAAGCCGAUUGGGUGUGUGUUGUGUCGUGUUGUCUGUAUUCCGCUCCACGUCGUCUGGCAUCGGCGAUGUCUUGGAAAGAAAGUCAAGUAUUGCUUGUAAUUUAUGGCAAGAAAUAAAUCAGUGCGAUCCUGGCU